AGAAAGCGGCAUUCAUCUCAGGGAAACCUGGCCUUCAGAGAUGACAGCAUUCAGCCCCAGGAGGAGCCUGGAAUUCAUCCUCAGUCUUCCCAGCUUGCACUGCCCAUGGGGAUACAGGACAGUAAGGAGCGAAACAGAACCUGCUGCCUGAAUGGGGGAACCUGCAUGCUGGGGUCCUUUUGUGCCUGCCCCUCCUCCUUCUACAGACAGAACUGUGAGCACGAUGUGAGCAAAGAGAACUGUGGGUCUGUGCCCCAUGGCACCAGGCUGCCAAAGAAGUGUUCCAUGUCUAAAUGCUGGCAUGACCAAUUCCGCUGCUUUCCUCAGGCAUUUCUACCUGGCUGUGAUGGCCCUGUGAUAGAUGAGCACCUUAUGGCUACCAAGACUCCAGAACUACCACUGUCUGCAUGUACCACUUUUAUGCUUUAAAAUAAUGAAUACUUUUCCAUAAUGAUCUAUAAUACUUCCUUACUGUACCAACUACUUCUUAUAUCUUUGCUCUGCCCUCCCCCCAAAAAACUACUUUUUUCAAAGUCAGCCAUACCUCCAUUGUGCCCAAGUCCAGUACUUCUUUAUACAUGUAAUUCUACCAAGGUCUUCUUAAUAUGUUAAACAACUGAAUUACAUCUUCAGAUUAUUAAAGAUUAAUCCUAAUGUGGAACUUAGGAUAUAGUUUUGAGUAGAGUUGAUCAAAAUCAAUUAGUCUCUUUAAAAGGAAAAAAAGCCUCUUUAAGGAGAGGAACCAGAGUGCUAGUAAAGGAAGUCUGUCUGCAUGUGGAAGGGAAUAGGAAGCAAAUGGGAGAGAAAGGCUGGAAAACCUAAAAUGGGUUACUUGACUGGGUGAUUAGGUGGGUGUAGAGAAGCAAGUUAAAAGGCUAAAUGAAGGGCAAGUUAUCAUCAUCUAUAAAAAGCUAUGUAAGCCAAGGACUUCCCCUUUCUUUCUAAAGGCAAUGUAAAAUGAAUGACGUCUCCUUAGAAAAAAAAAAUUAUGCUCAAUGUCCCCAACAAAAUUGCUUAAUAAAUUAGUUUUCUCCAAGCUAAGCAAUUCUUUUAACUGCUGAAGAGAAAAUGUUUACAAUAUAUUUAGUCAUAAACUGAAUGAUAAAACUACAUAUUGUAAAGCCCAUUUUAAAAAUACAC